AUGGCACUAAUAUCUCGCCCACUUCGUCCUUGCGACUGUGACGACGACGGCGAUAACCACGCCUGCUGUGAACUACCGGACAUCUUUUCUGAACAGAAUCGUUUCCCAGCAUCAGUGUUCGGUCACCGAGUCGCCAUGACUUCCAUUGAUUUCGAUAUCGAGCACUUACUGAAAAACUUUAACAACUUGGAAAUAUACUGUGACGCCCCUGAAAGAAGCCUUUACGAAUCGACAAGGAGGUGUACUGUCGACGUUUCGCUUGCGGAGGCUCUUCAUUUUCCACAGAAAAUCUCGACCAGAUUACCUACAGAGAUCAGUACCUGCCAACAGAUAGCUCUGAAGGACGUGAAAGCAAUUUGGUGUAGAAAUGCGGCGCACUAUUUUGAAUGGGUUGCAGGCGUGCCAGAGUUUCGUUUAAUGGAUAUGCAAGGGAGGCUGAAACUUGUUUCACGUCAGUUAUGCAGAAUCAUUUGCCUAAUGAUUUCGUAUUGGACUUAUCGACAAGGACAUGACGGUAUGGUGCUUGGAUGCGGUAUAUGUUUCCUUCCAACAGAAGUACAAGACGAGAGUUUGAAGAGCUUCUUGAAUUCUCUCGUGAAUGUCAUUCAAAGCAAUAUCGUAUCGACUUUUCGGAAAAUCGCGAUAACUAAGGAAGAAUAUCUUCUCAUGAAACUCAUCGUCUUUUUCGACCCUCCAUAUGUAAAAUUAUCGCCGACAGACCGUCUUGUGGUUGAGGCCGCUUUGAAGAAAUAUCAAGCAGCAUUGGUGGGUCACAUCAAAUUCAGCCAUCCAUCGCUGGACCAUAAUUCCCUAACUGAGCGUAUAUCAGCGCUAUUGGGAACGAUGCCGUACUUAGAGCUGGCUGCGCAGGUCAAUAACUUCUUCAUGACGGUGAUGACGAUUCAUAAUAAUGGUAACAUGCGAGGGCAACUAACGAACGAAAUUCAUGUUGAUUCGAUGAAGAUAUUUUGA